AUGAAGUCACUUUCUGGAACAUCCGCUUUGUCUGUCAUCAAGCCAACGCAGUCAGUCACUCUUUGGCUUGCUCUGCUUCCCAAGGUCUCGAUUCACCGUCACGUCCCACCAUCGGGCCUGGGGAACCUAAAGGACACGUUUGUCUCUCUAAGGCAUUACGAUAACAAGCUGACGCACAACGAAAUGGGCAUACAGGCACUUGAGGAGGUCAUUGAGGAGGCCUUUGACCAGUUUUGUAGAGGUGUGAGCUCUUAUGGACCAUACCGGGACCACGUCCUGGACUAUUACGAGACUAGCUCGGUGAUGCCCCCUGAGGUCCUGUUCCUAAGGUAUGAGGAAAUGAUGGAGAAACCCGGUGAGCAAAUGAAGAGAAUGGAUGAUUUAUUGGGCUUCCCAUUCUCGGAAGACGAGGAGGCCAAUGGCGGGGUUGAUGAGAUCUUGAGGCUCUGCAGCUUCGAUAAUCUGAGCAACCUGGAGGUGAAUCAGACAGGGAAGCUCUGGACAGGGAUGGAGAACGAGUUUUUCUUCAGAAAGGGUGACGUAGGAGGCUGGGUGAACUCUCUGACUCCUGAGAUGAUCGAACGGCUCGACCACACCCCUGAAGAGAAACUAGGCAGCUCAGGCUUAAAGCUCUAG